UAGGUCGGCGUUUCUAUGGGAACCGUCAUAGGCUGCCACUUUGUCCACGGUUAUAAAGUCUGCCGCAGACUUAUCACUGAAGCUCAUUCAUACGCCUCGUAUCUUCCGGCGGCAUUCCCGUAACGUUGAGUACAGCACCUGUCGGAUUGUAGUGUCGGAUUGUAGUGUCGGAGUGUAUGGGUUUUACAGUGAACAAAGCACUGAGGACGUAACAUAUAUAGCCCGCGUGUCUGCACUGAACUGCCCAAUUCAACUGGAACAAAGCGAUAAGUCCAAGAAAAGGAACAAAGCCACACACGCCAUGGAGAAGAAGAAUUCGGACAGCAGCCUGUGUGUGAGCUCGGACAGUAGCGAGUCCGAGUACACGUCGAGGGGUAACUGGUCCGGACGCAUGGACUUCAUUCUGUCCUGCAUCGGCUAUGCGGUCGGGCUCGGCAACGUGUGGCGGUUCCCCUACCUUUGCUACCGGAAUGGAGGAGGAGCGUUUCUGGUGCCCUACGCCAUAUUCAUGAUUCUGUGCGGGAUGCCCCUGUUCUUCCUGGAACUGUCGUUCGGACAGUUUGCGAGUCUGAGCCCGAUCACGAUCUGGAAAAUCUCUCCACUGAUGAAAGGUCUCGGCUACGGCAUGGUAAUCAUCUCGGGCAUCGUCUGCAUCUACUACAACAUCAUCAUCACGUGGACGCUCUACUACAUGUACCUGUCGGUGAGCCACGCCGUCGUGCCGUGGGCGUCGUGCGACAACGAGUGGAACACGGACGAGUGCGCGGUGAACACGCGGCACCCGCUCUACAACAACUCGCUGCACUUCCUCGCGCGCACCGACAACGGCAGCCUCGCCGCCGUCGCGAAGACGAUCAAGACGUCGCCGAGCCAGGAGUACUGGACGAGGUACGUUCUUCAGAUGUCUGACGGCAUAGAGGAUAUGGGCAGCGUCAGACUAGAGCUGCUCGCAUGUCUGGCAUUGGCCUGGACAUUGGUGUUCCUAUGUCUUUUCAAGGGUGUCAAAUCUUCUGGCAAGGUUGUGUACUUCACGGCUACCUUUCCCUAUGUUCUGCUGACUAUCCUGCUCAUCCGGGGCUGCAUGCUGCCAGGUGCGGCUGAUGGCAUUCGAUUCUAUCUCUCCCCGAACUGGGAGUCACUGAAGAGCUUUAAGGUCUGGGGUGAUGCCGCGACCCAAAUCUUCUACUCUGUUGGGCCAGCUUGGGGCGGUCUCAUCACCUUUGCAUCUUACAAUAAAUUCCACAACAACUGCUACAGGGAUGCACUGAUAGUGCCCCUGAUCAACUGCGGCACGAGCGUCUACGCUGGUUUCGUCGUCUUCGCCAUCCUGGGAUACAUGUCUUAUGACACGGGUAUGCCUAUUGCAACCGUCGCCAGCCAAGGUCCAGGUCUGGCGUUCGUUGCAUACCCGGCCGCCAUCUCCACACUGCCCAUAUCGCCGCUAUGGGCAUUCCUCUUCUUUUUCAUGCUGUUGUUAAUUGGGUUGGACUCUCAGUUCGGUAUGUUUGAGACGCUGACGAGUGCGUUCAUCGACGAGUUUCCCACGCAGCUGCGCGGCAAGAAGAUGCUGUUCACGGCGGCUCUCUGCAUCGUCGAGUUUCUGCUCGGCAUUCCCUGCAUAAUGAACGGAGGCAUGUACAUUGUACAGCUGAUGGACUGGUAUAGUGCGGCCUUCUCUCUGAUGCUCAUCUGCCUGUGCGAGUGCUGUGUAAUCUCAUGGAUAUACGGAGUAGACCGUUUCAUCAUGGACAUCGAGUUCAUGGUACGGAGGAAGCUGUGUUUGUGGUGGAAGAUUACCUGGAAGUUUAUCACACCACUGCUUGUCUUCAUACUGUUCGUGUUCAACCUUGUCAUGCACGAACCGAUCACGUUCGAUGGCUACAAGUACCCGGACUGGGCGAUCGGCCUUGGCUGGGUCAUGGCACUGGCGUCCAUGAUGCCAAUCCUCAUCAUAGCAGUGUGGACGCUUUAUAAUACGCCUGGAAGGAACCCGUGGGAGCGGCUUGUGCGGUCGGUGCGGCCGACGCAGGACUGGGGGCCGGCGCUCGAGGUGCACCGCGUCGAGUACAAGCAGAUCCUCUACGACAACAGCUUCAGCAACCAGAAGCCGUCGCCGCUGAGCGCCGAGCUGACGGGCGGCCCGACGCGCGGAGACGUCGAGAAGCGGGGCCUCCACGAGACGACGGCGCUCAGCAACGACUGCUCGCUGCCAGUGUGAGAGGCGACAACGGAGAGGGGAGAGCUCUACCGGUCUUCCCGUCCGACCCCGAUCCU